AUGGCCACCGCCUCGAGCAACACCUACCGCGUCCCGCCGCGCACCUCCUCCCUCAACCCCCCCCUCUCGCCGGGCAUCACCCCCGCGCGCCAAGCCCAGCUCAGCAGCUCGUCCUACUCGCACCACACCGAGGACCCCUUGAUCUUUGAGAUUGGCAGCCGUCUGCUGCGCGCGGGCUUUGCGGGCGAGAGCGCGCCCCGGUGCGUGCUCGAGUGGAGCAACGAGGUGUUUUGGUGCCGCGAGGGCAUCGUGUGGACGGGCGGCGCGAGCAACAGGGACGAGGACGGGCGUGGGGAGCUGUGGAGAGGGGAUCUGAGGAGUGUGGAGCUGGGCGUUGUGGAGGAUGUGGUGGAGAGGGGGGUGAGGAUGGCGUAUAACAAAUACCUCCUCCUCGACUCCAAGCUCAAACGCGUCAUGAUCGUGACGCCCCCGCUCCUCUCCACGCCGGUGCUCACCGCCCUCCUCAAGUCCCUCUUCGUGCACUUCCAGAUGCCGGGCAUCAUGCUCCUCUCGGCGCCCACCAUGGCCACCCUCUCCGCCGGCACCCGCAGCGCCCUCGUCCUCGACCUCGGCUGGGAAGAGUCCACGGCAACCGCCAUCUACGAGCUCCGCCCCGUCGGCCAGCCCCGCCGUACCCGCCGCGCCGGCCGCCUCCUCCGUGACUUCUGGCGCGACCUCCUCACCACCUCCACCACCUCCACCCCCAAAACGCCAAAACUCCCAAACACCACGAUCGACGACAUCAUCUCCCGCCUCGCCUGGUGCCGCAAACACAACCACCCCCCCAUCCCCACCGCCGACGACACCACCCCCAUCGCCCUCCCCCUCCCCCUCCCCCUCCCCCUCCCCACCGGCACCACACACCUCCCCUUCAGCGCCCUCGCAGACCCGACCGAGAAAUGCUUCUUCGCACCCACCACCGUCCCCAGCAGCAGCCCCGACCACCCCGACGACGACGACCUCCCGCUGCCCCGCCUCGUCUACGAAGCGCUGCGCGCCGCCCCCGUCGACGUGCGCGCAGCAUGCAUGCAGCGCAUCGUGAUCGUCGGCGGCGCCAGCCAGGUCCUCGGCCUAAAGCGGCGCGUGGUCGACGAAGUGCGGCUGCUCGUCGAGCGCGAGGGGUGGUGCCGCGUCGGCGGUCGCCAGUCCGGGGUGCCGCCGCCAGUGCCGCCGAAGGCGGAGGAGGAGGAGCAGGUGCAGGAGAGGGAGAAGGAGGUGAGUUAUGAGUGGCGGGUUGAGGACCGCGGGGGCGCGCUCUCGCCUGGGAGUCCGAGGGGAGGCUUGGAGAAGGGGCUGCAGCAGCAGCCGGCGGGGACGCCGAGGGUGCGCGGGUUGGAGAGUAUGGGGGCGUGGGUGGGGGCUAGUUUGGUGGCGGGGAUGAAGGGGAGGGGGACGGUGGAGUUGGAGAGGGAGAAGUUUUUGCAGGCUGUUGCGGGUGGAGGGACGGGGUUGCCGGUGGGGUAUUAG